AUGCGUAUGGGCCCCACUUGUUCCAUUGAAUAUGGGUCUACUCAACUCGUGGAUUACCAAGGUAGUAUACUCCUCAAGCGUCCGGACAACUUCGAUGACCUUGAUGAGCAUAAAGCCGAAAUCAAGCAGCGAAUUUUCAAGUCAACACUGUUCCAACUCUACUUGAUUGAAACGGAGGAGAAGAACCCAACUCUGGCGAAGGCCUUCCACCUAGACCACGGGAAAACAAGACGUCUGCCAGUAGAACAUGCCGAUGAUACGUGGGAUGAUGAUAUUGUGUCCUUCCGGGAGGCUCUUAUCAACGUUGAAAGGUGGUUGACUACUCCCGAACUAGAAACUGGUAGCUAAUGGAAGUUAGGUAUUGGAAAGAAUUAGGGAUCGAAGAAGAUUGUCCAAUCCAUUUUACUGAAGAUGAUUUGAGGAAUCACUUUCGAGAUGCGGAAGGAUGGAACGAGGUCCAGGAUGUCUUCGACAGAAUCGAAGGGCUUGUAAAGAGAGAUGGCUGGACCAAUAACGAGACCUUUGAUGAGGCCGUCUGGCAUGCUGACUGUCUCUC